GCUCACAUCUACUUUCUUCCUGGGCAUAGUCGAGCAUCAUGCCGAACUUCGAGCCUAACGCCGUGAUUCGCGGCUGUCAGCUCACCAUUGUUGGAACUGUCCGCGCGCUGGGAAAUCCCGACUUAUUUAAGUACAACCACUUUCGACAGGCUGUCUUUGCAGUCGCCGUUGGAAUUGCUAUCCAGCUUAUCAUUCAAAUUCCGAUCAUCGGGGUCAAAUUCGUUCUCUGGGUCCUCUCAUGGUUUCUCGAUCUAGAAAAUGCCACCUGGGAUGACUCCCUCAUCGAGGGUCUCGACUUCAUCGCCAACUCGGUGCUUCAGGUGCCCUUCUUGCUCAUGACACUAAUGCGUUAUAUCACACCUACCCUGGACGAGAUUUUCAUGGAAUCCCUCAAAUGGGUUGACACUACCUACGUGCACAAGCACAAGCAUGAAGACCCCAAGAACCUGCGCGAGAUGUAUUACCCCAACCUUUCCAUGUACACCACCGCGGACGGCAGGGUCAAAACUCCCAAGGGCGCCGGCCUUGCAGCAUUCUUCAUGUUUCUCAAGCGUUACGGCAAGCGGGCUGGGCUGCUCCUCGGCACUUACCUCUUCUCUUUGGUCCCCGUCAUCGGACCUUUCGUGAUGCCAGCUGCCUCGUUCUUCGCCUUUCAAAGCGCCGUGGGAACGACCCCUGCGGCUGUCAUUUUCGGAGCCGGCUUCAUUCUCCCCAAGAGCUACGUGGUCUCGUUCUUGCACAGUUACUAUGCCUCCCGCAGUCUUAUGCGUGAGCUUUUGGAGCCCUACUUCAGCCGUGUGCCCUUCACCCAUGAGCAGAAGAAGCGUUGGUUCGCCGAUCGCGAAGGAGUUUUGUUCGGCUUCGCAUUCGCUUUCACCCACGUCAUGAAGGCGCCUUUCAUUGGAGUCCUUCUUUACGGCGUGGCUCAGGCAUCAACCGCCUAUCUGGUCACCAAGAUCACGGAUCCCCCACCAAGCCCUGCGCUGAAGGAAGGAUUCGCUGAGACUCAGACGACCUGGAAGAACAAGCACGAUUUCCUGAGUCUUCCCUUGGAUAAACUAGACAAGAUCAACAUGGAAGAAGAGGAGGAGAAGCCCAAGGUACCUGAUACCUCUAGCCGGCAAUUGUCCUAGAUGGGAGGAGAGAGGGUUGGUUUGAUUGAAGGGUUGCCCCGGGAUUUGAAUGAGCGGCGGAGUAGACAAGCGGGGAUCUGUAUAGAUUUGGGGUGACUUGGGAGGAUUUGUAAAGGGCUUCUAUAAAAGCUGUAUGGGUGUAACAAUUCCGAUAUCGUUAUCAGAAAAAGUUGAAUGCAAAGCAGAUGGAAAGGGGUGGGAGAAUCUUCCCCGCAGAUAAGCGUCAUUGACCCUCCG